AUGAAGGGCAGUGCCAGGCGAAAGCUGGACCAGCUAAACUUCAUGGAGCAGGUGCGCGAGUGCAGGGACAAUGGCUACCUGCUGUCUUCCAGGAAGAUGGGCUCUGGGGCCUUCUCCAAAGUCUACCUGGCCUACGCCACACACGAGCGCCUGCGGCACAACCCCAAGCUGGCCUCCGACCUGCGGGGCAAGCGCCAUGUUAUGGUGGCUAUCAAGAUUAUCUCCACUGCCGAGGCCCCCGUGGAAUUCUCCCAAAAGUUCCUGCCCCGUGAAAUAUCAUCACUCAACACCACCUACAAGCACCUGAAUGUGGUGCAACUCUAUGAGACCUACCAGAACAGCCGGCGCUCCUACUUGGUGCUGGAGUUGGCAGCCCGCGGUGACCUGCUGGAACACAUCAACUCGGUGUCUGACCACCGCUGCCGCCCGGGGCUGGAAGAGGACGAGGCCCGCGGGCUGUUCUGGCAGCUGGUCAGCACUGUGGCCCACUGCCACAGCUCUGGCAUCGUGCACCGGGAUCUAAAGUGUGAGAAUAUCCUGCUGGAUGACCAAGGCCUCCUAAAGCUGAGCGACUUUGGCUUCGCCAACCGGUCAGGCCUCAAGAACUCGCUGCUGAGCACCUUCUGCGGCUCCGUGGCCUACACAGCCCCUGAGAUCCUCAUGAGCAAGAUGUACAACGGGGAGCAGGCCGACCUGUGGAGCCUGGGCAUCAUCCUUUACACCAAGGUCACUGGGAAGCUGCCCUUCAAGGAGCGCCAGCUCCACCGCAUGCUGCACCUGAUGCACCAGGGCCCCACCUUCAGGCCAGGCAUGUCCCCAGAAUGCCAGGACCUGAUCCGGGGUUUGCUGCAGCUACGCCCGCGGGCACGCCUGGACCUGCAGCAGGUGGCUGCUCACUGCUGGAUGCUGCCCAUCGCGCACGCACUCUUCCUUACCAUGCUCAGCUCAUCACCAGGUGUGGUGGGCCCCCCACUGCCCCUCCUGACCUGCCAUGGCUGUUGGUUGCAGAGAAACCAGCCAAGUCCCAGCUGCCAGCAGCCCUUGACCACAUGGAGCCUGGCAGAGACUCACAGCCUCCGAGGCUGCUCCAGCAACUCCAGCGUCCCCAGCACAGGGGACCUCACCACGCGAGUGCUUCUGGCCCAAUGCCCGAGCGCCCAGACGCAGUCUCAAGAAGAGGUGCAGUCUGCCCAGCUGGGGCUCCAGAGUACGGUGGCAGCCAGUGUGGGGGUGGGUGCCUCCUGGUAG